AUGUCUGUAGCAAUUGACAACGUGUACAGCAACAACGAGGGCAUGUUCGCCAAGCUGUGCUCAGCGUGCAACAGCAGCGGCGCUGGCGUUGCCGGUUCUGCGGCCGGUCGCGACUCCAUCCAGCAGAUCGUAUACUUUGGCGAGGUCCCUGUCGGGGCAUUGCAGACUACCCUGCAGCAGAAGAAACGGUCCGCGGAGGUGCCCAAGGGACAGCAGAUCAACCUGCUUGCCGUGCUCCCCGCGUACAGCAAGAAACCAGAGAUCAGAGAACAGAUGUUGCAGUGGGUAGAAACGCAAUGUACCAAGAACCAUCAGCACUUGGUGUACGUCCAAUUGGACGACACAGCAGAGGAACAACUACACGAAUGGUAUACCACCCAGGGGUUCCAAAGGAACCCAGAGACCCCAACGCUGUACGAGAAGCAGCUGUAG